GCUUCGAAAGAAGAGGCUGCUGCAGAGCGUGAAGGCUGUUGAAGUGUGCAGAGACUAACAACAAGUGCUUUAUAUUAGGUUUAAUAAGUGCUUUAUAUUAAAGGUCACCAUGACAUUUGUGACUCUAAGCAAUGGAGCUAAAAUGCCAAUUGUUGGACUGGGAACAUGGAGGUCUGCUUCAGGUGAGGUCACAGAGGCUGUAAAGGCAGCUAUCCUGGCUGGCUACCACCACAUCGAUGGGGCCCAUGUGUAUGAAAAUGAGAAUGAAGUUGGGGACGGAGUCAAUGCCAUGAUUAACCAAGGAGUGUUGAAGAGAGAGGACCUAUUCAUAGUCAGCAAGCUGUGGUGCACUUACCAUGAGAAACACUUGGUAAGAGGAGCCUGUGAAAAGACUCUAAGCGACCUAAAACUGGACUACGUUGAUCUCUACCUAAUGCACUUUCCCAUGGGCACUAAGCCUGGAAAUGAGUUGUUCCCAGUCGAUAAGGAUGGCCAAGUAAUUCCAGACAGCAGUAACUUUCUAGAAACAUGGGAGGCAAUGGAGGAGUUGGUGGAUGCUGGGCUGGUCAAGGCCAUCGGCGUCUCUAAUUUCAACCGCGAUCAGAUUGAGAGAAUCCUGAACAAACCAGGACUCAAGUACAAACCUGCCAACAAUCAGAUCGAGUGCCACCCGUAUCUGACUCAGGAGAAGCUGAUUAACUACUGUCAGUCCAAAGGCAUUACAGUCACCGCGUACAGUCCUCUGGGUUCUCCAACCAGACCCUGGGCACAGGCAGGUGAACCAUCACUGCUAGAGGAACCAAAGAUCAAGGCCAUUGCAGAUAAGCAUGGUAAAACCACAGCACAGGUCCUAAUCCGCUUCCACAUGCAGAGGAAUGUCGUGGUCAUUCCCAAAUCCGUAAACCCCAAGAGAAUCAAGGAGAACUUUGAGGUCUUUGAUUUCGAGCUGAGUAAAGAGGAGAUGAACACCAUACUGAGUUUUAAUAGAAACUGGAGAGCUUUUAUGCUGGAAUGGGCUUCCAAGCAUAAGGAUUUUCCACUGAAUGCAGAAUACUAGAACAUUAAUUAAUCCAGUUUCUGACUGCAAUGUGAAGUAGAUAAGACUCCUGCAUUUCUCAUCAGGGAUAAAUGAAUUACGUCAGUAAUCUCAAAGAAAGAUUUGAGGGACUAAAUGUAGUUAAUCGAAAGUAAAGCUCAAGCGAGCAGUUCAAGACAUAAGAAACACAUUUAAAACAUAAGACAGAGAGCCGUUUGAUGCAGAACUUUAUUUGGGUUUUUAAACCAUACAUCAAUACAGUAAACAAGAGCUGCUCUUGUGAACCGGAAGUGCUUUUGUUGUCAACUUUGAGAGAAAGGAGCGUGCAUUAAUUCAUUUUUAAAAUAUACAUUCUUAGGACCAAACACUUUCUCAUGUUAUCUGUCUAAUUGUGCAAAGUGUGUAACAUUGUUCAAAUAAAAAUUUU